GCUGCAGCCUCCGUGUCCGGUCAAACCGAGCUGCUGCUGCUGCUGCAGGAAAACGCAGGAGCUGAAAUGCGAUCUCCCCCCUCCGCUGCUAAUCUGUCUGUGUUAAUGAGAUGUUUAACUGCCUUCACAAGACAAUCACACUCAACACAUGCAUGUUUCCAUAGGAAGAAUGAACGCGAUGUCCCUGUGAUGUGUCAAAGAAUGAAGACCCUCCCACUCUGGUUUUAGACCGCGCCAUGUUGGAUAAAGCCAGUGAUAAAGACCAACAGACUGAGCAUUGCUCAGACUGUGGAUGCAGGCUAUCAGAGCCGGACUCUGAUUCAACCAACACUUCAGCCACUCCUAAACAGCAGCAUGUGCAAAAAGCAGUCAGUCCUUCCAAAUGCUCAUCCUGCCAGGCAGGCAGCAGUCUCCCUAACGGGCGACGUCCACACCGCCGCCUCCGCCUGGACCCUCACAGCUGCGGCCUGUGCUCCAAAACCUUCAUCUCCUCCGCCCACCUGAAUCUUCACCUCGCCUCUCACAACAAGGAGAGGAAGUUCAGAUGUAGCACCUGUGGCAAGUACUUCCACCAGUCCUCCCACCUGAUGGCGCACAAGAUAAUCCACAGCGGGGACAGGCCGUUUAAAUGCCCAGAUUGUGGUAAGACCUUCGGCCGCGCCUCCCAUCUGAAGACCCACCGUCGGCUCCACACAGGCGAGAAGCCCUUCAAGUGCACCUACUGUGACAAGUCGUUCACACAGAAGGCUGGACUCCUGGCACAUGUUCGUCUACACACAGGGGAGCGGCAAUACAAGUGUGAGCAGUGUGGUGAGGGUUUUCGCUCUUUGGCACUCCUGCUCUCUCACAAGGCUGCGGAGGCAUCUGGGCAGGCCAAACCAGUGUCACCGCCUGCACUCAAUCAGCCUCAGAAGACACAGAGUACCCUGGAGGAUCUGAAAUGUGGCGUCUGCUGCCGCACCUUUGUACGAUCAUCAUACAUCAGGCUGCACAUACGCCUCAAAAAAGGACAGCGGCCAUAUCACUGCAAAGUGUGCAACAAGACCUUUGUCAAGCUGGAUACGUUUGUGAACCACUGUGAUAAACACCUAAGACAGAAAAGGGAUAAAAGUGUGGUAAAGGUGGUUAAAGACAAAGUUGUUAAACCUCCCCUGUUUGUCCCACUCUCCAGGCCUCCUUCUCCUGAACCCUCACCCACUCAGCCGUCAUCCACAGAGGUCAACACACGCUCCAGAGCAAAAGCAAAGACUAAGACGGAGCCAUAACCAAGAGAAGUGCAUCCACCAAGAAAAAAAUGCCCUUAAACUAAUAAAUGUGCCAGGGCACAUAGCAGUAACAAAUGCAGGACAGGAGUGUCAUGUUGAUGUAAUUUUAAAAAAAAAAUCCCAAACCAACACAACUAAUGAAAAAUUACAUUUUUACAAAUGAUCAGAGAAAGGGAUAAAGAGCAAAGUUUAAGUUUAAUAACUCCAAAAAUGCUGUUAUGCAUUUCCUAUCAAGAUGAUUUUACUAAUUGUACAGUUAUUUUAUUUGGAAUAAUUAAUUUUAUUGUGAAUAAUUGUCUUUGUAGGUACCACAAUGUUGUUGUUUUUUAUGCCUAUGAGGCUAAUUAACAAUCGUAAUAAUAUUUUAAGUGGCGUACAUUGUUCACUGUAAUCUGUAAAUAUAGAAAAAGGUAUAUCUCUAAUCAUGAUAAUUCAUGGUUGUUUUCUUAAACCCAUACAAGCCUGUUGGCAUGUAUAGCACUUAAUACAAUCAAUGUAAAUGAAAUGCCUAUUGUAAAACAAUAUGCACAUAGGGUAAAAAAAAA